CGGCGGCUGCCGAGUCGAACUACAAACUGAAGCGGCCACUGAGUCACUUGAAGGCUCACAAAGCUCCGCUGUGACUGUGGCGAGCACGUCUCACACGUGAUUAACCGUUAAAUGAGACCGCCAAGGGAUUAUUACUGUGAAUUAAAGAAUACACGUAAAUAUCAAACGACAUGGACUCCAAACGCCAAAGUGUGGCGAUGGAGCGACUUGUGAACGAGCUGGGCUCCCUGCUGAAGAUGCUGGACCACGAGACGGUCAGUCCUGCCACUGCCGACAAGAUGGCCUCCAUACGUAACAUCCUGGACUCGCUGCCGCUGUCAGUCAACGGAUCAGACGUCUACAUGAACAGCUGUCUCUAUGGCAACGGCACAAGUUUCGUAGAGUCUCUGUUUGAGGAUUUUGACUGUGAUUUGCACAUGCUCAGUGCCUCUCCAGAGGAGCAGAAAGAGCACAAAGAAGAAGAGGAGAAGGCUCACCCUAAUAAAUCUACACCGACUGACACGCCCCCUCCUCUGCCAACCACCCCCCUUCCCGAUGACUACUAUGAAGAGGCUGUCCCUCUAGAUCCUGGAUCCACUCCUCAGUACUUCACCACCAAUAUGAGCACUUCCAGGAACUCAGUGGAGGACGCCUACUAUGAGGAUGCAGACAAUAACUACCCCACCACCAGGAUUAAUGGACCUCCCAAAAACUCCUACAACGACUCUGAUGCUCUGAGCAGCUCCUAUGAGUCUUACGAAGAAGAGGAAGAAGAAGCAAAGGGGCGGGAUCAGCCUCAGAGAUGGACAGCUGAGGAGAGCACAGACGGACCAAUAAGAGACUGCCGCAUCUGUGCCUUCCUGCUGCGAAAGAAACGCUUCGGCCAGUGGUCCAAACAGCUGGUCGUUGUAAGAGACAAUAAACUGCAGUGCUAUAAGAGCAUCAAAGAGACCACUCCUCACACUGAGCUCCCGCUGAAUCUCUGCAACGUCAUCUACGUCCCAAAGGAAGGCCGGAAAAAGAGACACGAGCUGCGCUUCUCGUUGCCUGGAGGCGAAGCUCUCGUCCUGGCUGUUCAGAGUAAGGAGCAGGCCCAGCGAUGGCUCAAGGUGGUGCAAGAUGUUGGCAGCCAGUGUAGCAACACCGAUGGACUGGAUGGAUCCACAUCCCCCAUUAUACAGAGGAAGCUGGAGCUCGACAAGGUGCUGCAGUGUGAGCGGCAGGCGUCAGACUCAGACAGUGGACCGACAGCAGACAGCCAGUCCAUCGCACAGGGACCAGGACGGGACACCGUUGACUCACUGAACAGGGGGAAGCGUGGAGCUUUCUCAGAGCUGACGGGGUCGAUGAGCCGAGCGGCGGGGAAGAAGAUCAAUCAGAUCAUCACUUUCUCCAAACGGAAACCUCCUUUACCUGGGGAGCCUCCCUCGUCGUCUGGUCAGCAUGACAACCCACGCUGUGGGUACCUCAAUGUGUGUCUGAGCGGCUCGUGGAAGGAGCGUUGGUGCGUGGUGCGAGGUGGGAGCUUGUACCUGCAGAAGGACCCUGGGGACCAGAAGCCGCCGGUCAUUGUGGUGCCACUCAAAGGCGCAGAGGUGGUGACCGGUGGCCUCGGUCCGAAGCAUCCCUUCUCCUUCUGCAUCCGGCAGGCAGGCAGCGAACUAGCAUCUUUAGAGGCCAGCUGCUCAGAGGACUUGGGCCGCUGGCUGGGCGUGUUGUUUGCAGAGACCGGCAGCACUACUCUCCCUGAAGAGCUGCACUACGACUACAUCGACGUGGAUACGCUCACUGACAUACGGCAUGCUGCCAGACACUCCUUCCUAUGGGCGACUACCACCGCUACCUCCUCCAGCAGUGCCUCAACAGACUCCAGAACAUACGAUGAGGUCUAUGAGAGUAUUGCGGAGGGGGAGGGGGAGAGCAGAGCUGGACAGGUGAGACGUCAUGCCUCCUUCUCCAGCAGGGACUCAGAAAAAACUGAGCAACAGGCUGCCAUCAAGAGACACGCCUCCAAUGUAAAUCAGUAUGCUCGGUAUGGGAAGACACGCGCAGAGGAGGAUGCCAGACGUUACCUGAAACAGAAAGAGGAGCUGGAGAAGCAAAAGGAGGAGCUCAGAAAUGCACUGAUUUCCCUCCGCAGGGAGAAGAAGGGGGUGAAGGAGGAGAUGAAGAGUGUCACAGGCCAUGGUGUGGAACAGCGGUUAGCCAAGCUGGAGACGUUGUGUAAACAGAAAGAGGAGGAGAGGGUGGUGCUGGAGCUGAGACUGACAGAGGUCAAAGAAAACCUGAAGAAGUCACUGGCUAGAGGAGCACUGGGUCCACCCACGGACACCAAGAUCAGCGUCAGGGCACAGGGCAGUAAGGUUGAAAAAGUUUACAAUGAGACUGUACCAGUGAACUCAGCAUCUGAGCUUCGUAAACGCCCUCCAUCUCUUUACGCGUCCUCCAAGGGGAACGUCAUGCAGAAGGCAAAGGAGUGGGAGUCAAAGAAGGCAACCUAGACUGAACGUCGACUAAUGCAUUCAUGGAGAGACAAACCUGAACUGUGACAGGAAGAUGUGUAAAAAAAAAAAAGAAACAGAUGAAGAGCAAGGUAACUGGCACUGAGAAGAAGAAGAUGAGGAGGAGGAAGAGAAAGGGGGAAGACGACAGACUCAAUCGUCCCUCUGCUUACCUAAGAAGGAAAAACAGGAAUCUUUGCAAGUACAAGCAGCAUGGUGCUUUCUCAGCCCUGUAAAUAUGACAGACUCAACUCAUGUACCAGUACAGUAUUAAUGUGGAUCGAUCAGUAUGAACAUGAAAUAUAUAUAUAUAUAUGUGUUUGUGUGAGUUUGCAUGUGUGUUUACAUUUGCACGGGGCUUCCCAAAGAAAAAAUGUGAUUAUUUCAUAGAAAAGCAUUGCAAAGGGAGGGUGUGGUUCAUCAGCACCGUGAGUUCAGAGUUACAGGCAAAACUUGCUACUUACAUCGACUGAUUUUAUUCCUUUUUUUACAUGAUACUAAUGUGGGCCGAAACACUAAAUAAACGACUGUUAAGUUAUCUUAAUCGGUGAGAGAAGUAUCUCAUAUCUUGGGAGGUGUAGUUAAACCAAUAGGAAGGCAUAAUGAGUGUAUGAGGCACUGUUCCUGAAACCAAUGACUAAAUGUUUAUUGUUGCAUUGUGAAAUUAUUGGGUUUUGACCAUUAUAAAUGUAUUUUGCAUAUAUGCCUUUUGCACUUUAUCUCGUUGUAUUUUGUGAAUACACAAAUGUCUUGGAUAAUUUUCUUAGCUCCCCGGUCGGCAGAAUCAUCUGAGCAUAAAUGCAUGUCUGAUUUCUCUGUUCAUCACAGGGGUAUGAACAAACACUCACAUGUCGGAGUAAAAGAUUACUUUAUCAAGAAA